AUGAGCGCCACUCGUUAUUUAACUAGUGAUCUUAGUGUUAUUAAAGAUCCAAUAGUGAAACAACUCAUACAGGUUCCAGCUUCACGAAGUCCAGCCAGUGAUGUGGAAAGACCUGAAUGUUUUGCUGGAAGGCAACAAGAUUUUUUGUUCUUUAGUGCGCUUGCGUUAUUUCGAGAGGACGAUCAUUUAAAAGAAUUUCACUACGCUGCAAAUCUCGAUUCGGAGGAUUCUCCAGAACGAAUGCGACCUCAUAUUAUCAAGAUGAACGAGGCAAAAGAACUGAAAGCUACAGAACAAGACGACCGAAUGAACCUUACGAGGUACGGACAAUAA